AUGAAAGGCUUGUCUAGCAUAUACUUCACUGCUGUGAAACUCAGACAUUACAUGCUGCCAUUUACCAUCUACCUCAUCGCCAAGAUAGACCUAAUCAAAUACAUGCUAACAAGGCCAAUGUUGAGCGGUAGAAUUGGAAAAUGGACUCUGGCUUUGAUAGAAUUUUCUUUCAGAUAUGUUCCUCAGAAAGCUGUCAAAGGACAAGCUGUAGUAGAUUUUCUAGCAGAUCAUCCAGGGGAAGAGAUUGAAAACAUGGACUCUUUGGAUAUAGCAAAUGCAUAUCUGUUGACUAGAGCCCAUACUUGCCUUAACAAUCCCAUCUAUUCAGUCCACCUCACACCUUGGAAGUUGUACUUUGAUGGAUCAAAAACUGAUAUAGCUUCUGGGGCAGGAAUUGUUUUGGAGGAACCACUAGGAAUCAGACACUGUUAUUCUUUCCAACUAGACUUCCAAUGCACUGACAACAGGGCUGAAUAUGAAGCUUUAAUCAUAGGACUUGAAAUGCUGGUGGAGUUGGGAAUCCAGUAUGUGGAAAUCUUGGGAGAUUCUAUGCUUGUGUUAAAGCAGAUUGCUGGAGAAUACAAGUGUCUAAGUCCUUCUUUAGCUGUCUAUUUAGUAGCAGCCAAGAAUCUUCUGACAGAAUUCAGAGAAGCUAGUUGGGAACAUAUACCAAGAGACUCCCUAUGGACACUUCUGAUGCAGAAACAUAGAGUUUAA